GUCUACCGGGCGGAUCUGUCGAGUCUACCGGGCGGAUCUGUCGAGAGUCAAACUGAAAGCGAAAAGCAAGUGAAUGCCACUGACAACGACAAAGACAGGCAAACGGUACGUCAGCAAAUGUAAGAAAGACGGCACGAGUGAAACUAAAGGUCAGAGGUCAAUGGGGUCGAGAUGCACGUCCAGUGCUUGCAAAAGGGCGUCCAACCGCUUCAGUGAAGAAACGAGAGUCGAGCUGUUCGCCGGCUUCUGGCAGUGCAUGAACUGGGUCCAGAGGAAUACCUACGUGUCCGGGUUGGUCGACUGCGACCCGGUGGAGAGAACCCGAGCCGGUCGAGAAGGUCGGUCUCGAUCCGCUAUAAUUUGAUGGCCGACGGUGACCGAAAACAGAUGUUCCUCUGCACUUUGGGGAUCGGCGAGUGGUCGGUGCUCCACUGGGCUCCAACCGUGUCUCAGCGGGACGCGUCCGAGGACUCCGCCAACGAGCGAACGCAGAGGAAGUCCCGCAAAGCCUCCGAGCACGUGGUCCUGACCCAGUUCCUCGAGAGUUUACCCAAAGUUCCCUCGUACUGUUGUGGCACGUCCGUGUCCAAGCUGUAUCUGGAGCCGGUCUUCUCCAACAUGUCCGAGGUGUACAGGUUUCUCAUUGCUUAGGACAUCCUGUACGUUUCCUUGGAUCCUGUUGAGCCCAGACCGCGGCGGCCUCUUCCAGCCUCACACUCUCUGAAGCAGUUCGGUCUUCACUUAAGAUGAAUGAUUUAAACUGUCAUUAUUCUGUUUGUUUGUUUUUAUCGUGCCUUGUUCUUUCUUGAAAUGUCACUUCUGAUGUCAAGCGUCAUCCUCGGUUCAAGACUAAAACUAAAAUGUUCCAUAAUGUGUGUAAAUAAACCUGUUUGGGAUUUUAAAGUCAAACGCCUUAAAGGACUUGAAACACUGCAAACUGAGUUAUUGGUUCUUAUUUAUUUCACUCCAUUUGAACCUGAAGUGCUCCAUUCCCUUUUUGUGCAGAAUAAGAACAACACAAGCUACAGAGACCGCAGCCAAGUUCUUUUUCUUUUUUUGGGGGACUGAGCAGCCGGACAAAACAGAGUCUUUGUAAAGUGGCAGGAAGUUGUCCAGAUAUCCGCAGGGCCUCUGCAAAAAAACGAGCGAGUGAACAAAGUGGGCUGGGCGGCGGCGGCGGCGGAGCUGGAAGGUGUUGGCGGCGGCGGCGGCGGCGAGCGGUGAUGGGAGGCAACUUUCUUUACUUGUAGAGUUCCCGGUGAGCAGCAGGACGACAGACAGAGCUCUCCAGGUUUGUGUCAAACAGCUCCCUGAGACCGGGCGUCUGAUUCCUCUGAGCGGAGAGGAGGAUGUCGGCUCUGAGGACGUUCGUGCUGCUCGGACUGAGCUGGACGUGUCGCGCUCUAUUGUUCUGCUAUGAAUUCAUGGUCCCGCACACACCUGCCAAGUCCAUUGUCCCAUUCCUCUUGCCGCGGUGGUGACCUUCGACCUUUAUCAAGUCCCGGCCCACUCCAUUUCCUGUUGCUAUUCGCUUCUCCUGGAAACUUCCUGUUUAUGUCGGGCCCGUUUCCUGCUUCCCUUUAACGGCCCGUAUCAGGACCCACCUUUCAUGGCUCGACCUGCAUUGUUAUGAGUAGCUGCUGAUGCUCUGAGACAAUGAGGUCUGGAUGUGAACCGCUUGCCUGGUGCAAUGAAGCUGCAAGACCCAAUGAAACAAUUCACUCCAUUUAUUUGCCAACACAUGUGAAUAAGGAAGGGACGCUUGCCCUUAAAAAGACCCAUGUGACCCUCUUUUGACCCCCAUGACCCUCUUUUGACCCCCACAGCUGCGUCUGGUGACCCGUGGGGUCAGUGUCCCGUCAACAGAAAGUGUAAGGACAAGUUUGGAAACGGGUCAUGUGACAGAGAGUGUAUGGAGCCCGAGUGUCUCAGAGACGCCUUCGACUGCCUGAAGGACAGGGGCCACUGCAACCCGGGCCACAUCCAGUACUGCCGCGACCACUACGCCAACUCCCACUGCGAGCAGGGAUGCGACAGCGCCCCCUGUGGGUGGGACGGCAGCGACUGCUUCACGCACCAGAGCCCCCUGUGGGCCAAAGGCACGCUGGUCCUUCACGCCAGCCUCCCACAACACCGCGGAGCCUUCUCCAACAGCUCCCUGCUCUGGGCCCUCAGCGUCCUCCUCCAGUCGCCGCUCACGCUGAGGGGGUCCGCGCCGCUCGCCACCAACAGGAACUUGUUUGACUUCGACUCUCAGCAGCUCGCCAGCCUGCUGGCGAAGGCAUCUGCAGCGGACUCGAACGGCUCACUCCUUUUCCUCCAAGUGGACAACAGGCCGUGCUCCCGUCUGCCCUCCACCUGUUUCCCUCACGCCACCGAGGCGGCCAGUUUCCUGCGUGCCGUACUGCUGCUGAAGCCCGGCUUGUUCCCCAACCUCUCGGAGCUGAAGGCCGUCGUCAGCAUCAGGGGUGUCCGGGAGGAAAUAGGAAGCAGGGAGGAGGAAAAGGUGAAAGAGGAAGUCAAAGAGCCGACCCCCGCAUGGCUGUGGGCCGUGAUCGCCGUGGCGAUUGGCCUGCUGCUGGUGCUGGCCCUGGUGGCGUUCCUGGUGGCGAGGAGGGUGAGGCAGCAGCGGGCGCAGAGGGAAGGCGGCCACCGGGUGAGACACCGGUCCACGGUCACAGACGACGAGCCCCGGUCCAAGGCCUCGACGCCGCACGCAGCCAACCAAGAGCCGAGGGUCAGAUCCAGCAGAGAGAAAGAGAAGGUCAGCUUGAGGAAGAAGAAGAAAGCGAAGGAGGCGGAGAAAAAGAGGAGGAGGGAACCGCUGGGGGAGGACGCCAUUCGCAUGCGACCCCACAAGAGGGAGCCGGACAUCGGAAGCGACACCGACUUUACCCAGAGUUCAAUGGAAGACAUCAACGCGAGGUGCUCCAGACGACCAGAGGAGCCCUCCAUCUGUGACCACAGGAGCCCGGAGCAGAAACACUACCGGGCCGGAGCCUCGCAGCCCCGCAGGCCUGCACAACCGCCGCCUAGAGGAUGGGAGAGAAACGCCAUCCCUCCUCCUCUGCUCAGUCCUCCUCAGCAGUCGGCCGAGUGGUGUGGCCCGGAUGGCUCUGUGGUUCUGAUCCGAGCGGUGCGGAGCGGGCUGGACCGAGUGGUCUUGGAGCUGCUGCGAGCGGGAGUACCGGUCAACAACACGGAUCAUACUGGGAGAUCAGCCCUGCACUGGGCAUGCUCAGUAAACCAUCUCACCCUAACAAGGACCCUCAUUCGCUACGGGGCGGCUGUGGACCUGCAAGACAACAAGGGCGAGACGGCGCUCUUCCUCUCCGCCCUCCACGGUUGCUAUGAUACGGCCAGACUUCUCCUCCUCCACGGUGGCAACCUCGAGCUGCACGAUCGGAGAGGGCGCCGUCCGAUCGACGUGGCCAGGGAGGGCAUUCACCACCAGGUCCUGGAACUCCUGUUGGCUCACCAAAUUCAGAGAGGGCCGGUUCCCGUCGACACGGCCAACGACAUGCUGUGGGAGGAGCGCGCUCUGAUGUUCUCGCCGUGGGUGGGAUCGCAAGGGAUGCCUGGAAGAAGUGCCUCCUUCUCUGGGAUCAUAGGGCAUCGAGAUAUGACCCCACCUCCACAAAAUGAUUGGUCGAUGAGCCGAGUGCAGUACCCCGCUCCUCAGAACUGGCGACCGCAGCUCAACCAAUCAGCAACAGCUCUGGUCCCACCAAGAGUUAUGGGCCGCUCCCCUCGGCCAAUCAGCACCUUACAGGAGGUGACCUCGGAAGACGAGGAUCGCGAUCGGCAUCAGGAAGUCCCCAGAGCCGCAACGCCCCACUUCCUGUCGCCCCAGCCUGCCCCUCGGCAGCGUUCCUUUUCCUGCACCCAGCAUGCAUUGCAGCGCCGCUCCAGUGGCCACCAGCCAGAGCCCAAUUAUGUUAUUGUGACAGACAGAACAGCCAAUGAGCCCAUAGAAAGAGUGGUUGUUUCACCUCCCACAGAAGCCGCCGCCCACACAAACCGCCUGCCAGCAGAGCAAGCAGCGGCCAGUUUAACCGCUUCAGAGCAGAAGUCCAGAGGUGAGAGGUCAAACAACACAUCUGACUCCACACAAACAGCCUUGUAGAGAGAACCAGCAACCAAACGCCUGCUGCCUUUCCAUUCAGCCCAAAAGAACACGUGAAGUUAAUGACUUACAACGAAGCUAUCUUGAGAUCUUAAUUAUUAUUCAAUAAGCAAGCAGCCCCUCCCCAGUUUUUCACUCAGCCUUGCCUAAAUUAUUAUUAUUGUUGUUAUUAUUAUUAUGUUUUACUAAAGGGGGGUUUAAUGUCCUUGUACAUGUCUGAGAUGCAUGCCAGUCCAACGUGUGAUGAAGAUCAGUCGCGCUGAAACUGCCACAUGGAGUGAAUCUUGUUGCCAUUUAUUGUAAUAUGUUCACAUUGUCUUCACUAUUCUGAUUAUUCCGGGAAUAUUUGAAAGAGAGAUGAUUUUUUAACAAAAGGAAACGUGUGCGUGGCGGCACAAAGGUGUCAGAAUUCUGCUGAUUCAUGCAAUAAAGUGACGUUUGGUGCAAAUCA